CUCUAUGUUUGUGACAGUGUUCAGCGCUGUGAACUUGGCUCCACAGUCUGCUCUGUACAGAAUAGAGAUCUCACCCCAGUCUGUACAGACUCAACCCCUGGCCGUCCUCAUGUCAUCCACAGACUUUCCUGACUACAGCUACCCAGAGAUGUUCAACUAAAAGAGCAAGUCAGGUCACACAAUGUAUGGGAUGUACUUCCGGCCCCACAUUUACCAGCAAGGGGUCAAGUAUCCCACAGUGCUGUUUGUGUAUGGGGGACCGCAUGUACAGCUGGUGACCAACUCCUUCAAAGGCCUCAAGCAUGUACGACUGCACACACUGGCUGCGGAAGGUUUUGCUGUUGUCAUUAUUGAUGGUAGAGGCUCGUGUAGUCGAGGGAUCAAGUUUGAAAGCCAUAUUAAAAACAGACUGGGCACUACAGAGAUAGAGGAUCAAGUGGAGGGUUUACAGUGGCUGGCAUCACAUGUAGAUUUUAUAGACGAAGAUAGGAUAUCAAUACACGGAUGGUCUUACGGUGGCUACCUCUCCAUAAUGGGUCUGGCUCAGAGGCCAGAUAUAUUCAAGGUGUCUAUAGCGGGUGCCCCGGUUGUAGACUGGCACCUGUACGACACUGGAUACACCGAGCGGUACAUGGACCUGCCCACUAACAACCUGUAUGGGUAUCACCGUGGCAACUUGCUCACAUAUGUAGGCAGCUUACCGGAAUAUGAGAAUCGUCUACUGAUCGUGCAUGGUCUGAUGGAUGAGAAUGUCCACUUCCUACACACAAGCAAACUGGUGAACGCUCUCGUGAAGGCCUGCAAACCACACACACUCUACAGAACACUUAGAAGAGUAGUCUUGGUUACACAGUACAGAACACUCAGAGUGGUGAUGGAAACCUUUGGUACAACAUGA